GGUGCAUUUUAAUGCCGAUUUGCUCCUCUAGUUGUUAAUUUGUGUGGCAAACCUGAAGAGCAGGAUAAGAUGCAUUUGUUGACUUGUUAUUUUGCUAUCAGGAUAUUCUGUGUCACUUCCUGUGUUAUGUUUGUGACUUGUAAAUAUGUCGAAAACAAACAUCGAGCCACAACCCCUGUGCGCACACUUACACCUGCAUAGGAGGAUGAGGGGAGACACAAAGGCGAGGAAAGAUGCAGAAAGAUAGAGGGGAGGAAUCCUCUCCACUCCUCCCCGAGUUUAUUUUUAGCAUGAAUCACUUGGGGCCAGCCUCUCGCCUCAGCCCUGCAUGCAGAAACACAGCAGUGUGUGGUAUCGAACUUUCUUUCUGCUGCACGGAUAGGGAAAUCAUAACCCUACUUUCUACAGUGCCCCCUCUUUUUUUUCUUCCUCUCUUCACACUCCACUCUUCCCUAUUUCAUCAUAUUUUUAUCCACAUUCAGUGUUUCUCUUCAGGCUUAAGGUUAAAUCUUUUUCUUCCCCGGACGAAAAUGAAAACAGAAAAAUUAUGCAGCCUUCCCAUGCAUCUGUGUAUGAACACACCCUGAAUACCAAUGAGAAGGUGCAAACUUAAUAUAUCACAAUACCACCCAGUCACUCUCUCUAUUUGGAUCUUGGCUUGAUCACCUUGGGAGGUGCUUCCCAUUUUGACCCUGGGGUUUCCAGUCCAAACCAUGCCGACUACUUGGUAAUGGCUUUUCAUGUAUGCUUUUCCUGCCAGCCUCUUACAUUCAAUUCAGGGCCCUCUUUGCCUGGCCGCCAUUGCUCUAGAACUGUUCUUGUGCCGCCACAGUCCAUCAAUCCAUCUCUUGUUGAACUCACUCAUAAUGAUGGUCACAUCUUGUUCCGACCAGGAAGUACUCUUGUGUCUCUUUUCAUCUGUUUGUACCCCUUUUCUGGUUGACUUCUCUCUGUGACACCUUGAUCUAAGCCUCCAAACACCUUUGCGUUCCCUUUAUCACCUCAAGGAUCACUGUCAUUGGUCACUUUGCAUUCCUAUUGGCAAGGAUCUCUGGAGGUACUUCACAAAGUGCUAGUCAUUGUCAGGGUUGACAGGCACUCAUCUCUUUGUUCAACUCUUGGGUAGGUACCCAACCCCAGUUAACUGUUAUAUCUCCUCAAACUCUUAUCUUAGUUUGCUCAAAACUCUGGGGCUUGGUACCCAUUCUUAUCUCUCAGUUUGUUCAUUGUUCAACUCAGGGGCUUGGUACCCAACUCCAGGGAGGAGUCAAUGUUACUCCCCCAUCUGAUCUAGCGUCCUGGCUCCUCUUUGCUGUAGCAUCAAUGUGUUGUAUCUCCUCAAACUCUUGUCUUAGUUGGCUCAAAACUCGGGCUUGGUACCCAACGUCGGGGGGGAGUCAAUGUUUCCCCCCCUUCUGGUCUGGCGUCCUGGCUCCCCGUUGCUGUAGCAUCAAUGUGUUGUAUCUCCUCAAACUCUUAUCUUAGUUCGCUCAAAACUCUGGGGCUUGGUACCCAUUCUUAUCUCUCAGUUUGCUCUUUGUUCAACUCUGGGACUUGGUACCCAACAUAGGAGGGUCAUUGUUUCUCCCCCUUCUGAUCUGGCGUCCUUGCACCCCCUUGCCAUAGCAUCAAUGUGUUGUAUCUCAGAAAAUCUCAUGUCCUGAUAGCAGCUGACCUUGACUCAGACCUUGUUAACCCAGGCAACAUCUGAGCAGGUUAGGCUUUCAAUGGUAACGCACCCAUGUUUACGAGGUAGGCCACAGUCUUUGGGUCUUUGCUUACGGGUCCACACUGAAUUGUAGUUGUGCGGGAUUUGUACCUCAACCCCCCAGUUGGGUAAUGGAUGCUAUACCCACUGAGCUAUCCAGCUGCUUAUGUAUAUAGCUUGCUUUCCUACCUUAAAAACCUAUGCUUUUAUUUUGAAAUGGAAGCUACUUCUGUUAAGUAACAUAAUUGUAUAGAACUAAAAAUUAAAAGAAACUCCCUGAAGGUUAAAGAAAUAUAAGUGUGACCAAAGGUUGACUGGAAGGGCGUUUCCAUGAUUUCCAUGAUAAAGCAGUUGCACAUAGGUGCUUGGCAGACUUCCUGUAAGUGUGCACAUGGUUAGCUAGAGUUGGCCAGAGUGUGUAACAUUCAACACCUGUGUGGAAAGGCUGCAGAGCAGGUUUUUAUUCUUCAAGUAGAGUUUUCUUUCACGUCCCCAUGUAGUCUUUUAUAUACGCACAUGUAAACAAAGACCAGUAUGAGCUGGAUUUGAUAAAACGUUAAAUUGUUCUGUCUAUUAACACCUCCAUAAAUUUAUGAGUAUAAUAACAACAGCAGGUGAUAUGACAAUGUGAUCUUGGGCAGUGUGGGUGCUAACAGCUAACAUUAGAUAUUUGGUGAGUACAAAGCUGUGUAAAAAGUAACACCCACAAGCUGUUCAUCCAUAACUUACACACUUAAACUCUCACCAUACUUGGCCGACUGGUUCCAAGCCGGCUUAACUUCUUUACACCAACUUUUUUCUAUUCUUUGUCCAUCAUUUAAUGUAUGCCCUAAUGUAUGCACAACACGCUAGGUUUCAUCUGUUAGCAUCCAGGGUGGAGUUUUUGUUUAAGUAAAUAAACAGGUUAAACCCCGUGUCCUCGUUCUGAGUGUGGUAACAGGCAGCAAAUAAAAAUUGACAGCUGUUCAAAUGAGGGUAAACAAAAGAGGGAGGGACUGUGUCGACACCUGAGUGUCAUGCAGGCGGCUUCGACUAUAGACUUGUGGAGGAUUUUGAGGUGAGCAUGACGUAUGGUGUGUAUUUUUUUGUAGUGGCUUUUAAAAUAAAGAUCAAAUUUUUGAAUGAUCUGCCCGUAAAAUCGUGAAUCAGAGGUCUACAUCUGGAGAUGUCUUCUUCUCCACCUUCACUUCCUCUUUCCUUCCCUCCACUCCUCCUAUCUCCCUCAUUAGGAGCAGAGGGAAGAAACUCUGAGUAAAUGAAUCUGCUGCAGCUCUGCGGUUGUCAAAGCCGAGCCCAGCGAUAGCUAAUUGGCUCCCAAGAAAGCUUGUUGGAUGUCUGCGGGGACAGAGCUCCAACAUUGCAUCAGCCUAUCACACACACACGCACACACACAGAAACACAUCACACAAAUAAAAGGUCUCACUUUCCUGUCUCUACCAUCCUCCAUACUUGUCACAUCUUACAAGAGGAGCAGGAAAAAGAAGAUAAAACACCCUCCCGGCUCUGACUGUGUGUAGAUUGUGUUUACAGCUGCAUUAUGUAUAUCAGUCAAUUACUUUAUUGUAAAAGUUGUUUUUAUGGUAAGUGGACUGUUGGUGUUUGUUUCUCUGUUCAAUGCCAAGGUUUUGUUUUAAAGAAACAGCAAGAGCCGGCAUUAAAUAUUUAUUCAUUCAUUGAAUUCAGAACGAUACAUUUCACUCUACAAAGGCAGGCUGACAACAAACCUUUGCCUGAAGUUUGACUCCCUGAAGCCAAAUGAUGCCGAAUCUGCUUGAAUUUGAACCAUAUUGGCAGAUAAAAUUGUAUUUUAUCAUAUUUUGAAAACAAAUGUUGAAUCAAAAUGUUAGACGUCUGUUCUGUACAUGAGCAAAGUUUCAGAUUGUAAGGUUAACGUGAGCUGAUGUAAUCCUCUCAUGGGAUUACAUGGAUCUCUGAACGGCGUGUUCAAAAAAGUCACACGAGAAUUCAGCAGUUCGCUCAAAUCUUGACAUCAGUGAAUCUCCUUAAGAGGGAAAAUUUGUCAUUUUAUACAAAGAAACACAACUUUGUAGCAUGGCAGCAGUGGUGGAGGCUUCAAGAAUGCUGGGUUCUAGAACGCUGGGGGUGCUUUAAAGGGACAGUGCGUCACAGACAGCAGCUAAAAUGAGGGUCUUCAAAGACAGCAGUGUUAAAUAUGUUAAGAGUAGGGCCUGACGGAUAUGGAUUUUUUGGGGCCUAUGCCAAUACCGAUUAUUUGGGGGGGGGGUGUCCGAUUACCGAUUAAUCGGCCGACUUUUAAAUUUUUUUAUGAAGUUAUAUAUAUACUGUUGAUAUCUACAGUAUACUAUAUACUGUAGAUAUGCUGUAGGCUAUAUAUAAGAACGACUGAUCAAACUCGGACCAGAAAAGCAUUUUCAACUUUUAUUUUAUUUCUGAAAAUAUCGGCGAAAAUUGGCAUGUUUUUGCCGAUUUAAUCAGCUCGCCAAUAAAUCGGUCGGGCCCUAGUUAAGAGUAUGCAUGUGAAGCGUAGAUGGCUGAGUGGGUUAGUGCAAUCCACUUUGGGGACCACGGUCCCCGCAGCGGUUGUGGGUACGAGUCCGGCCCUGACCAUGUACUGCAUGUCCUUCCCUUUAUUUCCCCAUAUUUCCAACCUGUACUAUCAAAAAAAAGGCAAAAACUUAGAGAGAUGAUAUAAAGCCAAACAAAUAACCCACUGAGCAAUAGACGGCUUUUAGAUGUCUAGUUAUUUUUUAGACCUGAUUUCAACCGUCUAGAUUUUGUAUAUCUGUAGACAGAAUUUAGACGUUGCACUUUAACCCACUAUUCGAUAUUCUAUAAGUAUUUAUUUCAAAAAGCAACUGUGAGUUGCAUAACUGAUCUCCAAGUACUAAACCAAAAUAAUUAUGAUAACCGUUGAGCAAUAUACUGGUAAACCUCUAUUAGCUGGCUAGUCUAAACUCGGUCUAAAUUUAGACGUCUAGAAAACUGUCAUUUUUAGACCUGUGGUAGCCUGAUUUUGGCUCAGUGGGAAGUUUAAUAACUGCCUUUUUUUUACAUAUAUAACUUAGGAAGUUUAAUGACUGCCUUUUUUUUUUUUUUUACAUUUACCAUAACAAAAAAUUCUGGAAACAUGUCUAGGACAAAAUCAACAAAAAGAGGUAAGAGGAGCCUCAUCAUACAAAAAGAAUGAAAACAUCUCAUUCAUCAUAAUUUCAUAUCCAUAAAUUAACACGCAGCUCUAGCAAGAAGACUCGUUUAGCCUACCAUGAAAACUCGAAGAAAGAGCAUGUACUCAGAUUUUACAUCCCUACUAGGCCUGUAAACAUAAUCUGCACCUGCCGUCACAGCAGAUUUUCACACCAGUCUCUGACAUGCUGCAGGAGUCUUACGCAUGUUCGAGUCACACUAAUGUUUUACAGGGUAUGUUGCCCAGCAGCUAUCGCUCUGUCAACAUAUAGCGCUGACAGGGAACAGCAGCAGGUGAUAAUGAUUAGACUGGCACCCUGCAGGCCUCUCACCGGGCAGGAAAAGCUUCACAUGAUGCACUUCCUAAAACAACGGAGCAACCCUUGAGAGUUAGUCCACUCUGGCAACUUUACUCGCACAAUCACACCCUCUUAAUGCUGCAACAUUUCCAGUCACGGCCUCUGCAUCCUGCAUCCUGCAUCCACCUGCAGGCUCUGGUUUGGGAGUUCACACUAUUAUCUCAUCACUCCUGAAAUGACUCCACAUUUAAUCAACCUGCGAGGAGUGAUAAGAUACAAAUUAAAGUUUUAGCCGAUAUAAUUUGAGCGAUUGAAAUUAAUUUGCUGAUAGUUAGACACAUUAGCUUAUUGCUUUAAUAUGUUUCACCUGGUGUGGCUUACUUUAUGACGCUGAAGCCCAUUAUAAAAACAGACAUGUCACUGGACUGUUACAACACAGAGCUGGCACACAUACAAGAGGACAGAGUGGAGUCCUCACAGCUGGUCGAUAACAGGACACUCACACAGUCAAGACAAAAAAUAUGUACUGCGGACAUGCUUUACAUUUGUACAUGUUGUACUUUAUAUAUAUUUAUACGAUUGGUGUGAGUUUUGCAUGAUGUUUGAUGAGGUUCCUGAGUGUUUGAUGAGCAAACACGCAGCUACUGCCAUUGACUGUUUGCAAAUGAUCCAUCAUUGCCAAAGAAAAGUAGAGAAGUGCAGUUUAAAGCUCCUCUGUGAAAUACAUUGAAUUUUAUAUGGAUACCUUUUUAGUACAUUCAAUAGCCAAGAAGAUGAUAAGCAACAAGGUUGAUGACUUCUUUGUUGUAAUUUUUGACCCCUAAAACAGGCAUGAAGGACCAAGUGGGAUUUCUUUUUAUUGAGUAAUGCCUGCUUUGUCCACAGGGGGCGCCAAAAUUAACAGAAUCUAAAAGCUAUUCACUGGAGCUUUAAGCAAACUGAUACAGCAUGAAAAAAGUAUCAUAUAAUGAGGUGACGUGCAAAAAAGGCUUUAAAGUUGUCAAAAAAUUUAGGGAAUUAGGCGUUAUCUAUGUUAAAAAGGGUUGAGGUUUAAAAUCAACACAGGAUGGCCAUGAUCUUUGUGCCCUGCUUCAUAAACAGACAUGACUGUAGUGGAAGUCACUGCUUAUGAUUCCUAAAUCACCUCCAAAAACCAUCAAAAUCUGUUUUAUUCACGUUUUACGCAGCAUCCUGACUGUUUUGGAUGUAAAGUGCAUCCAGACAUUAUCCUCCUUUUUGCUUUUUAAUCAGAAAAGUGCGAGCGACUGGAUUGUUCGCUGUUCUGUACAUUCACGUGUCUCAGAGUUGAUGAAUUCUUCAUUGUAAUUUUAACCCCUACAUCAGGCAUGAGGGGGAUCAAAUAAUGAGGUGACUUAUUAUGUAAAAAGGCUAUAAAGUCGUCAAAAGAUUUAGGGAAUUAAGCGUUAUUUGUGUUAAAAAGGGUUGAGGUUUAAAAUCAGCACAGGAUGGCCAUGAUCUUUGUGCCCUGCAUCAUAAACAGACAUGACUCUGUUGUGGAAGUCACUGCUCCAAAAACCAUCAAAAUCUGUUUUAUUCACAUUUUACGCAGCAUCCUGACUGUUUUGGUUGUAAAGUGCAUCCAGACAUUAUCCUCCUUUUUGCUUUUUAAGCAGAAAAGUGCGAGCGACUGGAUUGUUCGCUGUUCUGUACAUUCACGUGUCUCAGGGUGGAAUGUACUGUAUAGCUUUAGUGACUUAACAUACACAGACGGCUAUGAAGGAAACUGUAUGACAGGCCUGUCCUGUCUGCUUCUCCAACAGGGUUUCCUUAUCAGACCAGGAAGUGGGCAACAUGUUUGAAAAGCACAGGCUGAGCUCAGGAAGAGGCUCUGAUUUGUAGAACAAAAUGUUUCCCUUCUGACAGGGUGCAGAGGGUCAACUUGUGCAGAGCAGCAACAGUUUCAAUUCUAACUGUCUGGGUCUGCGUUUACUGAAAACCCACCAGCUACUUCCAUUCAUCUCCUCCCGUGCUCGUUUAGCAUUCGAUUUGCAUGCGAGGCCAUGUUUCAUUUAUGAGAGGAGUAGGCGAGAUGUGACGGGCAAAGAGGGAGGGCCGCUGCAGACCUACAGAGAUGUGAUCAAAAUGGCUAAUGAAAAUAUUAGCAUAAAAAGAUACUCAGAGGAAAGAGGGAAAAAGAAACGACCUGUUUACACAUUUUAUGCAAACAAAUAAUUACUCCAAAAGAAAAAAUCUUAGAAAUGGAGUUCAGACGAACAAAAACAAGCUGGUAGAGACGGGAGAUGUCUUCAUUGUAACAGGAAACCCUCAUAUCUCUGCUCAUCUGCAAACCACACUUGAAAGUGAUCAGCUCCACUGCAGCAAAGCUCGUUCUCUUUACUUAUGCAUCUGUCAAGCGUUAAUCUGCAUUCACCGCAGAGGGAGGAGAAGCAUCAGUUAACACUAAGACUUAAAAAAAAAUCUGCCUUUUUCAUCCAAGGUGAAAUGAUUUGCAAUUUUUAACUUUUAUUUUAAAUCAGAACCACAGACAGACGCCUUUAACUUCCAGCAGUGACAGGUCCUCAAACUUGUCUCACCUCUUAAAAAGAGAAAACGUCGGUGACAGAUGAAAGAUUCGAGGUUUGAUAACCCGAACUUGACAGCUCAAAAUCUUCCAUGUUGCUUUCUCGACUGCGCUGUCAAAACAGCGAGCUGACAUCAAGUGCUUGUCCUUCGUGUUGUCAGGAGCUGUGGUUUAAUCAAGCUGUUGGGUGCCACGGUAAUUAACAAACCUGUCCUCCAACUUGAAGGCCAAACAGCAAGCGGCAGUAUCUCUCAAACACAAACCACAGAUAAACAAAACAUCGCUCCCUGUGAGUCAGAGAAUCCAUCCAUAAAAAAUAAAAAAAGAAAGAAGGAGGGGUACUCACUGAAAGCAACGAUGGCCAGGACCAUGGUGAUGGCGAUGGAAAACCAGGACACCCAUAGAGCUUUCUUGCGGUAACUUUGUGCUUCGUGAGGUUUCAGGCGCAUGCUGCUUUCCAAAAGACCUGCAGGCGACACGGGACACAGUGAAGUGAGUCAGAGGAAGAAUAGAGAGGAUCAUAUGGGGUCUUUUAACAAAAGAAACUCAAAGAUCUCCCGUCUAUAUUUGUCCACCCUUUAUGCACCUGGCCUCACUUGCCUUUUACCCUCGUACAUACAUCCAUGGAGUUAGGGGAAUUGUAAUCUCCCCGCAGCAGGCUUUGGCGUUCCACGUUCGCUUGUGGAAGGGCAGGAAGUUCUCAGAAUGGACCCAUACUGUCAAAAUUAACUAAUGCAUGCGCAUAAUUAACUGUUUUGUGGCUAAACAAGGAAAGACAUCCCUAGAUCUCCAGUCUUUAUUUGUCCACCCUUUAUGUACCUGGCCUCACUUGCCUUUCUUUUGUAUAUACAUCCAUGGAGUUAGGGGAAUUGUAAUCUCCCUUCCAUAAGCUAUGGCGUUCCACAUACGCUUGUGGAAGGGCAGGAAGUCCUCAGAACGGAUUCAUACUGCCAGAAUGAACCGAUACAUGCACAUAAUUAACUGUUUUUGUGGCUGAACAAGUAAAGACAUCUCUAGAUAACGAUGUUUCGCAUAUUGAUCACCGUUAACUGGGGUGUGAAUAUUUUUGGUUGUUUAGAUGAGUGGAGAAAGAGUGCAUGAACAUUCAUCUAACUGGUGAUAUGUCGUCGUCGUUUUCUUCCGCUUCAUCCGGGUCCGGGUCGCGGGGGCAGCAGCUUCAGGAGGGAAGCUCAGACGGCCCUCACCUCAGCCACUUCCACCAGCUCCUACUGGGGGGAUUCCCAGGCGCACCCAGGCCAGGCGAGAGAUAUAAUCCCUCCACCUGGUCCUAGGCCGGCCACGAGGUCUCCACCCGGUGGGACAUGUCUAGAACACCUUUAACGGGAGGCAUCCAGAAGGCAUCCUAACCAGAUGCCCGAGCCACCUCAGCUGACUCCUCUCGACGUGGAAGAGCAGCGGUUCUACUCUGAGUGAGCACCUCCCGAGUGUCCUGCGAAGGAAACCCAUUUUGGUCGCUUGUAUCCACAAUCUUGUUUUUUCAGUCAUCACCCAAAGUUCAUGGCCAUAGGUGAGGAUCGGCACGUUGAUCGACUGGUAAAUCGAGAGUCUCACCUUACAGCUCAGCUCUGGUGAUAUGGCUGAGUUGUUAUAGAUUACAGUAUGAAGUUUGCAUUUUUACAGAUUGGCACGAAUUGGCUCUGAUAAACAGCUCACAUCUGAUGGGUGACGGGUCCAAAAAACUGUCCUACACCUCGAGUGGUUACAUGGGUGAAGGGGUGGUUUUAAUCUUUUACUUAACACAAAAUCUAAGUCUUGAAAAGCCACUUCAUUACUCACUUCUGAUCUCAUCUCAUUCUGUGGUUUUCAUUUGGACAGAAGCUCAUUUCCUUUUUUGCGAAAGGAGGGAAAGAUAUGAAAAAAAGCUUUUGAAAUAUUUAUGAGGCACUCGAAAUUAAAGCAUCUUUGGUAGAGAAACUUUCUGAUUUUUUUUUAAGCCUUUUGGAAGUGAACUCGCAGAGGCUGAGUGUUCUUGAGUUAUCACAUCAGAGCAACACUGUUUCUGUCUGCUGCUGCCUUGUUUAGUCUGUGAAACCGGUUUCAAGUCUGAAACACACAAAACUAAGAUUUCACAGCUCUGAAACUUUCCAGGAAAGGAAAAGUCUUUGAAAAAUUGAUGUAUUUCAUGACUCUGAUGAAUCAAACAACCUUGCUGCAGAAAUAAAGCCCAAAUCACAUCACUGUGCCUACAUCUGAGGCUGAGAGAUAACAUAAAAGUACAGGAGCGAAAAAAUAAGUUUUAACAUACUUGACAGUGAGAGGGAAACUCUUGUUUGACUGGCUGACAGGAGGUUUUUUCUUCCUCACAGGCAGGAGGUUCAUUUAUUCACAAUAAUCACAGCAGAGAUUGAAGCUGUAUGCUGAUAUAUUCAGGACUUCAUGUCCUAAUGGCGUUGUUUAUAAUAUUGACCUUAGCAUUCUUAAACGCUGUGCAACGUGAAACAUUAAAAUGACAACGUUUUUAGAGGUGAAUGAAUAUAAACGGAGCCACAGACUCAGGAUAACAAUAUUAAGCAGUAGUCUCCAUGGUAUUACGCACAGUGCGCGCCUUGGCGACGCAGCACCCUCAACUUUCCCCAUAUUCCCCUGCGCCUACCUCCGUCCUCCAGGCUGUCUGUUAUCUUCAUCUCCUGGUCCAUCUUCAAACCCUCUCCCUCACUCUCUGUAUUGGGCUGCUGCUGCUGCUGGUGGUGGUGGUCCUGAUCGCACUGCCCGUUCGCCACCUUGGGGUCCACUCCUGUUACCGGGUCCGGGACAGCGGUGGGGUCUGGCGGUAUGGAGUCCGUCAUUUUCGCGGCGGGUUGCGGUUCAAGUGAGGAACUCCAAAAAUGUCACACCUGGCCGAGAAGUGCGGUCUUUCAACUGGGGAGGGACCCACACACACGAGGGGGAGGGAGGAGGGCUCCUCUCCGUGCAGGGCUGCAGGUCCAGAUGCGCCAAAUCGCAGACACAGUCAGGUGGAUUCGUGCCGGAAAUAAGGGGAUGUGGACUUCAAAACAAACGCCCAAUCGAGAUUGACUGUCUUAUCUUUAUAUUAUAAUAGAGUACAACUUAAAUUUGACUGAAAUAGCCUAUAGAUUCAUCCAAAACUGCGCUGUUGCAUGAGGAAAUAACCUUUUUUUACGCAGUGGCACAUCUUUAAAAAUGCCAAAUCCAAGCAGUUAUUCAGAAGACUGCGUUAAUCUCCUCUCAAAGCAAUAAAACAUCGUCUUACAUGGAGUUACCAUCUGCCAAAUUCAACAGAAAUCCUAUCACAUCCACUAAUUCACCAUAAAGUGUGGUUUCGGUCUGCUGGUAAUGGUUAAAUAUAGUCUUAAAUGUCUGUAACCACUUGUUAAACGUUUUCAGGUUGAAUUGUUUUAAUAAAAUUGAAACACGAGUGAGGUAUUUAUUCUGGAGGGAGGGACCGGUAACAGCAGUGUAGGUCUACAUGCAGACAAACCUGAUACAUGAGUCUGAGCAAGCAAACGAGAAACCACACAACAGGUCCCACUUCGCGGCGUUGUGUAAUCCCGUCACCUGGACUCUAAUGAGGGAUCCUGGAGGAGUUCACGAGUGUAAAGAGUUUGUAUGAGAUAGCCUGACUCUGUCAUUCAUAGUGGUUUGUGGAUGUAUGCACAUUUGCAUCCUUAUUAUUACACUGUUUUAUACUUUGUUGACACAUUAUUGCACCCGUGAUUAAAUUGAAUAUCUUGUUAUCUAACUGGGGCUGUAUUAAUACAAAAAUCACAGGUUUGUGUCGCAAAACCUACAACUAACAAUGAUUUAUCUUAAUCAAGAAAUAAGCUUUGGGUGUCAGGGACGCCUCACUGCAGAGCAACUCUAUAGUUUUGAUGUUUGUCUUUGCUUCCACCUAGUGGUAGAAAAGGAGAACUGCAGUGCUCAAGUGGCACCAAUCAAUCAAUCAGUCUUUAUUUAGAAUAGAAUAGAAUAGAAUAUUCCUUUAUUGAUCCCCCAUGGGGGAAAUUUUUUGUCACAGCAGCAUCACAGACAAAGUGCAAAAAUGCAGCUAUAAAAAUAAAGAUCGUAAUAUUAAGAGCUUAAAUAAAUGUUCUGAUUAAGAAAAAAUUUAGAAAAGGAAAAAAGGAGAAGAAAAUAAAACUAUAUACAAUAUACACAAUUUAAAUGCCAGAAAAAAAGUGGUGGUGUGAGUCCAGUUUUAUUACAGUCCGUUGUAAAGUCAUAUUGCAGAGGGGAGGAAUGACCUGCAGUAGUGCUCCAUCUUGCAAGGUGGGAGUCUCAGUCUGCUGCUGAAGGAGCUGCUUAAAGCCCCCACAGUCUGGUGCAGUGGGUGAGAGGCAUUGUCCAUGAUGGAUACAAGCUUUGUUAACAUCCUCCUCUCACCCACCUCCUCCAGGGAGUCCAAAGAACAGUCCAGGACAGACCUGGCCCUCCUGACCAGUCUAUUCAGUCUCUUCCUGUCCCUCUCGGUGCUCCCUGCCCCCUAGGAGACAUUGUAGGGGGUCAUUGUUAUCCCCACUCUCUUGCCACUCCAAUAGCUACGCUGUUACAUUCAUGUUACGUUACCCACGAUACUCGCUAUAUAGACUGUGUAUAAGCUUUAAACGUUACACUUCAAGUUAGUGGAAGAGGGUCGAUGACUCAUAACAAGUCGAAAAUAAUGCUGUGUGUUAUUGUGCUCACAUAGUGCGAGUAGAAUCAUUCAGCGGUGUAUCAGCAGGGGGAAACACUGCUGAUACGUGUGACUCCGAGGUAGAACUAUGUGAGAUAAAAACUGAUUUCAUGAUCAAUUGCAUGUAGGGGAAACCCUGUGUAUAUAUAUAUCGUAAUAAACUUUUUCCCAUAUCGCACAGCCCUAGCUGCAAUAUCUCUAAAUGCUGUUGGUUAUAAUACGAUAGUAAGUUUGAGGGAAACGUGUUUUUGCAUAAAUUUUACUAAAACUAAUUAUUAAAAGUAGUAAUUAAACUGAAAUUAAUCUUUUUUAACGGAAUUCACUCAUACUCCCCUAGUAUGGUGUUUAGAGUGGUCGGCUGUUUUCACCUCCGAGCACAGGCGGCGCUGUUCUGAACACCCACCCCCGGUUUCCUUUAGCCUUAGCUGCUGAUUUCGUCCUUCCGGUGCCCCCAUAGCCCCGCUCCCUCCCGAUGCCAACACCGCCGGGCUUGGCUGCGGGAGCGUGAUGGCGGUGUACCGGGGACCCUCAACGAAAUGGCUCUUCUCCCGGGAGCAGCUCGAAAACACGCCGUCUCGCCGCUGCGGGAUCGAGGCUGACAGGGAGCUCUCGUACCGGCAGCAGGCGGCCAACUUAAUCCAAGACAUAGGCCAGAGACUCAAUGUGUAUCCUUAUGAAACGAGGAGGCUACCGGCCUACGGAGGGGUUAGCUCGGGCUAACAGGGGCUAACGUGAGCUCACUAACGCCGGGAUGAAAUAGCUCUUUAUAUCUUAUAUUUAAAAACAUCUGUAACAUCUAAUGUAGUUUAUUAACACUCUCUGAAUCUCUUCUUAUAAUGUAGACAUCCUAAUAUAGCUUAACUCGCGUUAUUACGCAGCUAAUGUGGAGUUUGCGGCCUACCCGCUAGCCUAGCUAUUGUUUAGUCUGUGUAAACUGCAGCUUCUUUUGUUAGCUUCUGCCAAAAUCUGUGAUAAACCUCAACGUGUACGUGCUUGUAAAGUCUAUAUCUGUUCAAGAUGUGAUUCCUUAACUGUGCCACCAGCUCUCAACUCAUUAUUAACACCGCUAUAGUAUAUAUGCAUAGGUUUUAUAUGAUUCACUCCUUCACGAAAUUCCAUAGAAACGUAAGUACCACCCUCAAAUUGAGCAUAAUUGUAUUUGUUUGUGGCUUUAGCUAUGAGAUUAAGAGACAUGUGUUUCCUCUUUGCAGAUAAUUUCCCAAACUACAUUGUUCCUGGCAGCUAAAGUUGAGGAGCAGCCCAGGAAGCUGGAGCAUGUCAUUAAAAUAGCCCAUGCCUGCAUAAACCCACAAGAUCCUGCCCUAGAUACAAAGAGCAACGUAAGUAAGCUUGUCCUCACCUCACGGCGAACUAACGCUCGUCAGAAACAUGUUCACAGACCACAAUGUUGAUCCUGGAGUGAGUCACGUUCUCAGGCUGAGCUGGGGGUGACUUUCAGUAACUAUUUCGCUGACUUUUUACAGGAAAAGUCAGCGACACAGUUGUUAGUGACUUCAUACUGACUAAUAUAGCUGAAAAUGACAAAUCCGGCGACCUACGAAAUCAUACUGGAAAAUUACAGCCUAUAAUGUUUGAGAAUUAACGUACUCUGAGAAGAGGAUUUAUUCGCAACCAAGUUUGUGUUCUCCAAGGAUCACCAGAAACCUGGAGUGUUCAGUGACACAGCUCUGAGGGGAAAUGGACUCCCAUACCAUGACUAAGAGUGAAGUCUGGGGUCUCAGUGCUCAGGAGAAUCAAACAAUCAGUGAUGUUGCAGAACUUCUGGGAUUAUAGUAAAUUCAGACAUGCUCACAGAUGACUCUCUGAUAACCAGAAUUAAAUCUUACUCCUCUGUGGAGGUGCUACACCUGGAUUUUACUGGUUUAAAGGGAUAUUCCGGUGUAAAAUUAAUGUAGGGUCAAACGCACUGUAACACUGAGUUACAGGGUUGGAUUUAAAGGGAUAUUCCGGCAUAAGGGGCAAACACACCGUAAUACUGAGUUAGACACCCCCUUGAGAGAUGAAUGUUGCCGACCGCUUGCUUCUCUAGUUAUACCAACUUUAGUAACGACCACACGAUAGCAAUACACAGCGGUCUGAGGAGCCGUAAACAAACCUCAACCAAAACGCCACUCUAUAGCCACAGAACAGCACCUAACUUCAUCAACAGUACAUAUAGGGUCCAAGCCACCAAACAUCUUUUUAGCUUUGUCUAAUUUCUUUAGCAAAGAGACUAAACACAGCUCACCUACUCUCUUCCUGCAGCCGCUUGUUUGUAGCGAGACCUCAGGCCAGUCCAUUAUGGACUACAGCGGGGUGACGCAGCUCAAGGAAGAACAUUUAUGAUCAUUUCUUUGUCAGUUCCAUCGUCACCCUGCUGAAGUCCAUAAUGGACUGGCCCGAGGUCUCGCUACAAACAAGCGGCUGCUGGAAGAGAGAAGGUGAGUCGUGUUAGGCAAAGUUAAAAAGAUGUUUGGUGGCUAGUACUAUGGCUGGGACCCUAUAUGUACUGUUGAUGAAGUUAGUCGCUGUUCUGAGCAUUAUUUGUGGCUAUAGAGAGGCUUUUUGCAGUCAAGCAGGCUUGACUACUGUAAUGCUCUCCUCUCUGGUCUACCUAAAAGCACAAUAAACCAGCUACAACUGAUCCAAAACUCUGCUGCUGCUAGAGUUUUGACCAGGACCAGGGGGAGAGCUCAUAUUACACCCAUUUUAAAGCCUUACACUGGCUGUGCCUGUUAGUUUUCACAUUGAAUUUAAAAUUCUUUUACUCGUUUGUAAAGCUCUUCAUGGCCUGGCACCAGAAUACCUUUGAAAGAUGAUUUUAAUUUAUGAACUGGGGCGGCCUCUCAGAUCCUCUCAAUCUUCUCUUUUCGUCGUUUCGCAGAGCAGAUCAAAAAAAUUUGGUGAUGCUUCUUUCAGCUGCUAUGCUCUAAAACUGUGGAACAAACUUCCAGAGGGUCUGAGACAAGCUGCUAAUAUAGAAAUUUUUAAACGUAACCUAAAAACUCAUCUAUUCAGCCUGGCUUCAUUAUGCAAAGCUUCAUUAUUUUUAUUACUAUUGUAAUUUAUUAAUUUUUUAGUAUCACUUUUUACCUUCUUUUAUUAAUAAAUUCAAGUUCAUAUUUCAUUGUCUGUUUUAGGCUAUUUCAAUAACUUUUAUUUUUUUCUUGUCCUGAUGUGAAGCACUUUGAGCUGCAAUUUUAUUUGUAUGAACAGUGCUAUAUAAAGAAACUUGAUUGAUUGAUUUUGGUUGAGGUUUGUUUAUGGCUCCUCAGACCGCUGUGUAUUGCUAUCGUGCAGUCGUUACUAAAGUUGGUAUAACUAGAGAAGCAAGCAGUCGUCAACAUUCAUCUCGAGGGGGUGUCUAGAUUGAUGUUAGUGUGUUUGACUAUGCCAGAAUAUCCCUUAAGCAUUUAAAUCCAGAUAAAUGAUAAAAACUGUGAAAGGACAAGUCUCACUUUAGUUUUCUCUGUAUUUUGGUCACACUGUACCGUCUACCUCACUUCACGUAAUCCUGAUAAAAUGAGCUUGUUCUCUCAGGAGGGGGCUGCAUGUUUUUGAACUCUGUUGAACGGUGUUACCUGGAUACUUUUCUCAUGUAAGCUGUGGAUGGUCUAAAAGUUCCUCUGUCUCCUUGUUACUUUCUUUCAAGCUUUUAAGAUAAACUCUUUUAAUAUAAACAUUUAGUCGUACAAUACAGGAUGGUAAACGCUCUUCUUUUACAGAGGACGAGGAAACUCUUAAAACAUUGAUCACCCUCUUCUAACAUGCUUUUUAUUUCAAGUAUUAUAAGAAGGAAAUGGUUUAUUCCUGUCUUGUCUUGUGGAAGUAGCUUUCAAGUUGUCCAUUCAUAUUUUUUAGGCAUUCCAGCAGCAGGCACAAGAGCUUGUAGCCCUGGAAACAAUAGUGCUGCAGACGCUGGGUGAGUCCUCUCUCCUCUCUCCAGCUUGGGCCGUCUCAUGUUCUGCUCUGCUGUGACACAACAUGAAGAAACAGCGAUCUUAUAACCCGUCUUCUUCGUCUUGUUGCAGGUUUUGAAAUAACAGUUGAUCAUCCACACACAGAUGUUGUGAAAUGUUCCCAGCUAGUGCGAGGUAAAACCCUCUCUCUCUCGCACUACAAUGAUUGAACUCACAGUCAUGUCUCACUUUGGUCCUAAUCUAUUUUUGUUGUUGUUGUUUUUUUUUUUUACAGCAAGCAAGGAUUUGGCUCAGACUUCCUAUUUCAUGGCUACCAACAGGUUAAUAUCCUGUUCCCAUUAUUGCACUGUAAUGGCACACUAUAGCUUCCUGUCCUGCAGGGCCCCCCUUCCUGUGUCCAACGCCCUGUUUGCUCCCGGAUCCUGGGAACCCCCAGAGUGGGGAAGUACCAGUCCGGCUGCUUUGUGCGGUGUAUUGUACAAGGGCCCUGUGUUGGCACAAAGGGGUUGAAUGCACAGUAUGGAGUGUAGUGAUGCUGUUUACCUCUCAAGGUUGUUUGGUACGGAGUGCAUAUGUCUAAAACAAACAAACAAAAAAAGCUCAAACGGUAGCCUGAAUAUAGAUUCCCACUAAAGAGUCUUAAACUUAUAGAGUGCUUUGGUAAGUAUAGUUUACAGUUCUUUUUUUAACUUUGAUUAUUUUGCACAAUUUUUUCACCCCCCAAAAGAGCUAACAACCAAUCAAACACCAAACUACACUGCAAACUGAACUCCUGCUCUGUGCUUCUGUAGAUGAUAAAGCUGUUGUUACACGAUGUGGAUCACUCUGACCCUUUAUCUCGCUGUGGUGUAAUCGAGGAGCUGAUGUUUGUUUUGUAGUCCGGGAGAUAGAUGAUGGUAGACCGCGUGAUUUUUUCAGAAAAGAGAAAGCUGUUUGUGAUUAACUCGGCCGGGUUUAAAGUUGACAACAAUGAGCCGUGUAAGGCGGUAUGAACAAAAUCCUCUAUCUCAGUAUGAGUAUUUUCAUAUCAAGGCAACAGUAUAUAUCACAAUAUGUUUUUUCCCCCUAUGAAUUCAAUUAAUGGCUUAAAAAUAACCAUACUGCCGCAUUUUCCUUUUAUUUUUAAACUUGGAUUUAUAUACAAAUGCCUUUGGCAAAAAACUCUGCUAAGCUCUUUUGUAUGAGAGGAGCUGCUGCAACUUUUGUUUUCGGUGCAGCGGGUGCGCCAUGCGUCUUCUGGCUCUCAUGAUAGAUGUUGGCGUCUUUCAUCUUUAGGUGGUGGAAGAGGUUCCUGGCAAUGACAGUCACGCAACACUCUUUUCAUAGUAUUGUAUUGUUUAUUGAUCAUUGUCGGAUUUUCUAAAUCCAAAGAAUCCCCAGAUAACCUAUAUCGUGACUAGGGCUGAAACGAUUACUCGAGUAACUCGAGUAACUCGAUUAAUAAAAUUCCUCGAGGCAAAUUAUAUGCCUCGAGGAAUCGUUUAAAUCCGGAACCAUGUGCAGCGCACGGUGUUUGACACGGACGAGCGUUUACACACAUACAUACUAAAUACCCCAGAAUGCAUUUCGUGCCGGCCGGACGCAGCGCCGGGAAAAUUUAAAUAGUCCUACCACAAGCUACAUAGAACGACUGCAUACCGGACAAAUUAUAUAAAUUCAUUCAAUAAUAAUAUUUUUUCUAGCGAGAAAGUAAGUGUUUACAUCACGAUUAUGAGCCCAGUUGUUUGAAAUAGUGGCUGUUUGUAAAUUUGUCUCGGCGUUUUCGGAGACCGAAGCGUCCACUUGGUCGGUGUUUGCGUCUAUUUACCGUAAACACCGGGCAGCAGCAGCUCCCCCUUCACGUUUCCAAAUUAUUGCGAAGUGUUUUCAUAAUCAACACAUACACGACACAAACCGGGCGGCAGUGGAUGAAAAAAAUCACACAAACAUCCGUGUAUCCAUGGUGAUAAUGCUAUACACCACCUGCUAGGCGUGUGAUGAGCAGCAGAGGGCUGCAAAAUGACCAACACACAACAACAUGUAAAUAAAAAUGUAACACUUUUAUAUAUUGAAUAAAUGUACAUUUGCUUGUCAAAUUAUGUUAGUAUCCAAGAAUUAUAUUAUUUCAGCCUAUUAAUUAAACAAGUAAAAUUAGAUCCAAAGCCUGGAAAUAGUUGUGACUGGUUUAGUGAAAACUGCGAAGAUCAUUACCAUAGCAAUUAAAAGACCAUCUGCAGACCUUGCCUUCAGUAGUUUCAUGUGAACUACAUGGUAAAAUGUAAAACUUUUGGUUCCUGAUUUAUGCAGUAAAAAUAUUCAUUUGAAAGACCUGGCCUAUUUCAGUUUUGUGUGUUACUGAUGGUUUUUAAUGAGGCAAACGUGAUUCAAUGCAAAGUAUUACAGUGAGAGCAAAACAUUUCUUAUCCGAUUACUCGAUUAAUCGACAGAUUAAUCGAUAGAGUACUCGAUUACUAAAAUAAUCGAUAGCUGCAGCCCUAAUCGUGACUCGUGCCCUUUUUCAAAAUGAGUUUCUCCUCCUCUUCCUUUGUUGGGAGGGUCGGGCUGCCCUGAUUUGCUCUGUACUGCUACUAAUCUCCACGUCCCCCAUUACCACCACCAGUGAAGCUGUUUCUUCUUCGUCUAAACCACUGGUUCUAAAGUCCAGUCCUUGAGGCCCACUGUCCUGCAUGUUUUGGAUGUUUCCCUGCUCCAACACACCUGAUUCAAAUCAUCAGCUCGUUAUUACAGAGCUUGAUAACGAGCUGAUCAUUUGAAUCAGGUGUGUUGGAGCAGGGAAACAUCCAAAACAUGCAGGACAGUGGGCCUCGAGGACUGGACUUGAGAACCACUGGUCUAAACUAUGCCAAAGUCUGCUGGACACGCUGGUGAUUAUAGGGAGCGCACCCAAACCCGACCAAUGAAACGGAGCAAACAAACUGCACGACACGCUGGUGAAUAUACGGAAACGCACCCAAACGAAUGCGCUCCGGCUCUCCUGUUAGUGAGCGAAGACAACUUCAGUAUUUUCCGCACUAUGAGGCGCACCUGAUUAUAAGGCGCACCAUCAAUAAACGCGUCUAUUUGCGUCUGUUUUCAUACAUAGGGCGCACCGGGUUAUAAGGCGCAUAAUGCCAAACAAAGUGCUCCAACAGGCCAUCAGGCUGUGCGGCUUUGUAGCUUAUUGAAGUUGUAAUAAAACAAUUUGACAGAUUUUUGAGCGCUGUGUACCACAUAAAAUCGGUUCGAGGUCAGUAAGCACAACCAGAAUUCCUACACAAGGCGCACUGAGGAUGUUUUAAAAAAUUGAAGGAUUUUAAGUGUCCCCUAUAUUGCGAAAUAUACGGUACACACUGACUCAGAGAUGCAGCAGACAUCUGUUCUCUCUCUCUGGUAUAACAGUAUAGCAAAAUUUCUACUGGUAGACACUUUUUUACUGUCACACAGUACAUACCGUCAUACCGUCCACCACAAAUGAUGAACCGUAGUGGUUUUUGUCAGGAGUUUACAGCAGGAUGAAUUUGAAACUGUGUGCGAAUGAGAAGCUGGAAGUUGUUUUUCUUCAUACAGAGUCCAUGAUUUCCAAAAAGAGGUUUCUGGUCUGAGCAUUUCCGGCUUGUGUUCACAGUUUCCAGGAUUUUAAAAGCGAUCUGAUGCGACAUGUCAUUAGCAUCCAGUUAAAAAGAGAAAAUAAAAUAAGUGCGCUUCACUCGGGUUUGUAGGUUUUUCCUUAAUUUUUACCAUCUACAUGUUCGUCUUAUUAGGAUUUGACCACAAGACCUGACUGACGUAUUUACUUUGGGUUUCAAAAUGCAUUUCCUGGUGUUUGAGGAGUCAGUUUGCAGCCUAGUUUGGGAUUUAGAGUGCAGAGAUAUUAACCCGAGACAAACGUGACACCUCGAUGUUUGUUUUGGCAGUAAACACCAGUGUUUCUCAGUCUGAAGUGCUGCGAAAUUUCAGUGAUGAUUGAGGUAAAAUGUGCUCAUCACUCCAAACACUCUCGGAUAAAAAGUUCUCAAAGUUGACUCAACUUUUUGUUUAUGACAACAAUUUCUAUAAAGAUGCCAGUUCACCAUGAGAAGAUUGAGAAACACUGUUUUUUUUUUUUUUUUAGUGUUUUGAAAUUUCCCCCUUUUCUCUCACAGAGCAAACCACAUUAUACGAAUAUAUAGUGACAUUUGAAUAGGAUAUAGGAACAUGUCCUAACAUUUAAGGUUGUCUUAGAUGUUCCAGCUCUCGCAGGUAAGGCUGCGUGGAUGUGAUGUGGUAAUAUUGAUCUCUGUCCGUGCUCAUUUAAGAUGAAUUCAAGUGGAGAAGCCCUGCAGCUAACAAGUCUCCCUCUCUCUUUUGUUUCUUGUCUUCUCCUGCAGUUUGCACCUCACCACCUUCUGCCUGCAGUACAGGCCCACAGUGGUCGCGUGUGUCUGCAUCCAUCUGGCCUGUAAGUGGUCCAACUGGGAGAUCCCCGUGUCCACAGAUGGCAAACACUGGUGGGAGUACGUGGACCACACUGUAACGUUACAGCUGCUGGAUGGUAAGCGCCUCUACGGCUGUGCUUUAUGUAUUUUUAUUUAAGUUAGUAAAACUCUACUCUUGUUUAGAUGAAGCACAGAUUUCCCUGUUUUUAAAAAGGUUCAUAUAAAAAGUUCAGUCUGUCCUGUGACUUAGGAAAGAAUCACAUUGUCUCUGAUUUACUCUCGGGCUUACACGGCUAUAAAUGAAGAGCUAAAGCGCCUCAUGAAAGAGGGAUUACAUUUGUGCGAACAGAACAGGGAGCUUUUCUUACAGCAUGAGCUUUUAAGGCCAGAGGCCGCCUCCUCUCAGCCUCAUGGGGGACCAGUAAGGUUGAGCGUGAAUGACGCUGAGCUCGAACAAGCCAAUUAAUUGUUUCCUGUUUGAGAAUCCUCAAGUUUCAGCUUUUGAAGAGGGAGGAUUUGCAGCCAUAUAGCUGGUUAUUUCAUCGGGUUAGGCUGGUGAAUGUUAACGGCGUCAUACUGCGUGUCGCCAAGAGGGCUUGACAUGAACCAUUUCGCACUCCAGCCGGUGUGGUUUGUGGUUUUGCUGCGUGUCUGGCUUCUAGGAUCUUGAGAUUUGACUUUGAAAAAAAACAUCUUGAACUUUUUCUUGCCGUACAUCCUCUAAUCUGUUCAGUGCCUGAUUUUUAAGGUGAAAGUUUGAACAUCAAACACUUAAUAUCUUGAAUUUUUAAACAUUUUUUGUCAUGAAAUCAUUUUAACAUUUUAUUUAACCUUCCUUCUGUGUUAGCUUUUACUACGCACCCACUAUGUUAAUGGGUCUCUAUAAUUUAAUUUGGUUUUUAUUUCCAGGUUACCUUGUUCUGCUUCAUUAUCCAUGAAAAUAUUGCAUAUAAUAUUUUUUGUUGUGGAAAUGUUGUGCAGGGAUAAACCAGACAAAAUGAGAACUUCCUAAAUUUCACAUGAUUGAAAAAGGAUCUGCCUGACAGUGCACAUACGAUUUUAUUUUUUUUAUACAAUUAUUAGAUGUUUAUCGAACCACAACAAGUGCCAUAAUUUUAAUAAGAGCAUUUUAUUAUUUGGUCAAUUUAAUUUUUAUUUUGUUGUAAUAGAGGUUCCUAAACAAAAUCAAAAAGUCUUGAUGCAAAAAAAGCUCAUUUCUGUGGUUCUUUUGAGCAUUUAAAAACAAAAACAGGUCGGUGCAGACCCUAACACAGGAGGAUGAAAAGUAGCGAAAGCCUGUCGCCAGAUUUCACUCAACACGCUGCAGCAAAGACGUGGCGGCACAACAUUUUUUUUGAAAAACUGAUGAUUAGUUAAACCCAAGGAAAGAGAAACAGACAUCUUUUAGUACGAAUGAAAAUAUAAGUGCUAGGGCCCGACCGAUAUGGAUUUUUUGGGCCGAUACUGAUUAUUAGGGGGAAAAAGUCAGAUUACCGAUUAAUCGGCCGAUUUUAAUUUUAGUAGAUUAUCUAUAUAUUUACUUUUUUUUUAACAGCCUUUCAAACACUUCGCAGUAAUAUUAAUCUCAGAUAUAUUCAAAGUAUUUAUCAUGACUCAAACUCGGACCAGAAAAGCGUUUUCAACUGUUUUUUUUUAUUUACCGUUGAGGCGGACCACUCUCCUCCGUGCGACCCUGAGCUGCCUGCUUCAGAUCCGUCACUCUGCUGUGCUGUGAGGUAGUCAGUGGAUGAAGAUUGUCAUGAGGUCGCUGCGCCAUCUACUGGAUAUUUUGAGGGAUCUUUUCAAAUGGCAGAACAUUUUCGAAGUGAAACCGAAUCUUAUUCUCCGCAUUUUGUUUCUGAAAAUAUUGGCGACAAUUGGCGAGUUUUGGCCAUCUAUCGGGCCCUAAUAUGUACAUACCUGAGAAUGAGCUUGCCCAAGUGGCGAGUGCCUGUGUCGCCCACCACUGCUAAAUAUCCGCCACGAUCUACCAGGUUGGUGGGCGUCAGUGUCGAGUCCUGGUGGUCCAUUAAUUGCAGUUAAUCAUCAUGAGCUUUAUCUGCAUAGAGCAUGAUAAUCACUUGUUCCCAAUGAGUCUAACAGGUUGAAUCACUCAAAAAUCAUCUGCUUUGUUUUCAGAGCUCACCCACGAGUUCCUUCAGAUCCUGGAGAAGACGCCCAGCAGGCUCAAGAGGAUAAGAAACUGGAGGGUACGUCGUUAAAACUUUGUACUGAUUGAAUCGUAUGAGAUGAAAUCAGUGUUUCUCACUCUCAGCUGGUUGUUUUUUUUAGGCCAUUCAAGCUGCUAAGAAGCCAAAGACAGAAGGCCCAUCGGUGGAUAGUGCCUUCCAGGGGACGUCCCUCGACAGCCUUCCUGGUGUUACCAACUCUUUCUUCCCCUCCACCUCUGGAUCCGACUCUUCAGACAUGCCUUCCCUGAACUCCAUCACAGCCUCCUACGCCUCCUACCAGCCGCUGAGCGACCACUCUAAGUCCUGCGGCUACGACCAGUUCUCUGAACCCCACCCCUCGGACUUCACUUUAGUCAAACACGAACACAAAGCCGCGGGCGGGUCGAGCAGCAAACACCAGCAGCUCGGGACAAACACCGCCGCCGCGUUUUCGCGGCCGCAGAAAGUUUUGACUCUUGAAAAGUACAGAGAGAAACACGCGGCGGCGGAGCUGGCUUUGCAGAACGGUAUUAAAGAGGAGCAGAGCGGGGACAUGUACGCGCCGCCUCCCGCGCUCUCCUCGCACCAUCACAAGAAGCGCUCGCAGCAGCAGGCGGGUCAGUCGGGCGACGGCAGGAGGGAAAAGUCCAGCUCCAAAAAGAGUCGGCUGCCCCCUGCUUUCACUGAAAAUGGCUCCGCCACUAGCGAGGAGCUCAAAAUGAGAAUCAAAGUCUCAUCAGAGCGUCACGGGGGCUCGGAGCAAGGCGUGAGCGGAAAGGACAAACACAAAGAGCACAGCAGCCACCGCCACUCGAAACACGGCCACUCGCACGCUUAUUCAAUUAGCGGAAACGGCCGAGGGACAAUAGACAACACCUCCUUGUCCAUACGAGCUCCCGGCGGCCACUGCAACGACACGGGCUCGUCUGGGUCCUCUCGGAAAAGGCCUCACUCUGACGCCGGGAACCACAACCACAACCACCACUCGUCCAAGAGCAGCAGAAGCUCCAAAGGAGGCCUGAGCUCAUCUCACUACGCAUCAGAGAGCGGGCCGAGGAUGAUGGAGCACCACGGUCACGACGGAACCAACGGCAUGCUGACCACGAACGGCCAACACGCCGACUACAAAGACACUUUUGACAUGCUGGACUCUUUACUAAGUGCCCAAGGAAUGAACUUGUAACCCUCUGAGAGUCCUGCGUUGUCUAGAUUAAGGUAUUACCAUGUUUAAUAGAAUUUUAAAAAAUGAAUUUAUUUGUCUUAACUUAUGAGUUCUGCAUCGCCCUCAGUCGUGUCUACACACUGAUCAUGGAUGAUUCUCGUCGGAAAUGUACAAUUAUAUGCACAGAGCUGUGUACAACUAGCUUGCAACAACAAAAAAAGAAGAAAAAAACCCAACCUAUGAGAAGUUUUAAAUAAUGUGGCUGAAAAAAAUGAGAUUUUAAACAUUCUUUUAACACAAGCUGUCCUGAUUUUAACAUGCAUGUUUUCAGUCACUAAAGGGAAGACGUAGCUAGUCCUCGCAGCCAUUGUGACAGUUUACAAACUUUUCUUUUCCUUUAUUUUUUUCUUUUUUUUCCUUUUUUUUUUUUUUGUUACGUUACGUUAGGACAUUUCGUUCCACUCUAAAUCUCAGGUCUUGAACUUUUUUGAUAAAAGAACGAAUCUUCCUCUGUUUGGGUUAUUACCUGUAUACGUGGAGAUGUAUCACCUCGUCCAUUUGCUGACGAAGAGGGCAGAACUUGUGUCUGUCGUUUUGGGGGGGGUAAAAAAACACGGUCUGCUUAUUUUUUCAGAGUGCAUCGGUAGCUCUAAAAACGAGACAAAUGUGAGGUCGGCUCCAUUUGCUGUCUAUUUGCUGUUUAUCGGGACUUCCAAGGCCACACCUGAACUUAAUGUGCAGACUCACUCUAGAGCUACAAAUGAAGUUUACGUUACAUCUGCUGUGAAAGUGCAUUCAAGAUAUACCGACUAAAAUGACAAAAAAGGCCUUGUGAUUGUACCUCGUCAAUCGCUAUUCAGUAUAAUUAAUGUUAUUACUAUCAGACAAUACAGAUCUCUGAAAUAAUAUUAUGUAUAUAGGACUGUAGUUCAGAUUUAAAACUGUUGGUUUAUUGCAUCAGUCCAGACGUUACUUCAUUCAGUGUAUCACGAGAUCUAAAGCAGACUGUAUUGAUGAACAUAUUCUCGAUUUGUGUAUUGGGAGCCCAAAUAAAGGUGUAAAAGUGAAG